CAAAUUGUCUAUGCUUUAAAAAAUUGAAGUACCUUCGCUUUUGUAGUCGCGUUUUUAGCAUUAUCAUGGCUAAAAUGCUGUUGUAAUUUGUUAAUUAGAAAACGUGCCUCAGUAAUUGUUGUAAAAAGCGUUCAGUGCAAAGACAACUAGAUAUUUUAUACUAUUAUAUGAGUACUAGCUUUCAUUUGACAAAUUGCGCUAGACCGCAUAUUUAAAAUGGCAGCCCUACCACGUAGAAUAAUCAAAGAGACACAGCGACUGAUGCAGGAGCCGGUGCCGGGCAUCAGCGCAGUACCAAGUGAGACGAACGCCCGCUACUUCCACGUAAUCGUCACAGGCCCGGAGGACUCACCGUUUGAAGGAGGACUGUUCAAAUUAGAAUUAUUUCUGCCGGAGGACUAUCCCAUGUCGGCGCCUAAGGUUAGGUUUAUAACAAAAAUAUACCAUCCCAACAUAGAUCGGCUCGGACGCAUAUGCCUGGACAUACUGAAGGACAAAUGGAGUCCCGCGCUGCAGAUUCGUACGGUGCUGUUGUCGAUCCAGGCGCUGCUUUCGGCGCCGAACCCCGACGAUCCGCUGGCCAACGACGUGGCUGAGCUAUGGAAGGUGAACGAGAGCGAGGCGAUCCGAAACGCGAAGGAAUGGACACGGAGGUACGCCAUGGACAACUGAGCGGCCGCACCGCCGCGCCGCCGCCCGCUCCGGUGCGCCGCUCCGCGCGCGCCUCUCCACGAUGGAACUAACCGAUAUAUCAUGAUUUAAGAGUGCAAGUUAUGUUACACACCCUAGACCGAGUAACUUGUGAAGAGACAAUUGUGGAAAUUUUUAUUAUUAGUGGUUCCGGGCCCGGGCCGCCGCAGGCGCCCGCCUCGGCCUCGGCCCCGGCCUCCGCCCCGGCCCCCGACCCGGCGCCCGGCCCGGUCGCAUUUCUCCGUAGCCUUGCCCCUGUUUGUCUUGAAUGCUCAGCCAGUUCCACAGAUCAUUGUUUCUCCGUUCACAUGUAGCUUCGUUUCAAUAUUAGGUAUGCAUAUUUUUUUACUAUUAUUAAUGGAUAGUGAAUAAAACAUACUGGAGACUUAAAUGUAUAUAUUUCAGGGUUACACAUUUGGUUAAUUUUAUACAAAGGAUAGCGUAUACUGUCACAAAGUUGUUUUGCCUUUGUAACAAGUCUCAUUCAACACUAUCUUUGAGUGCAAAUGAACUAAUUGCUUGGAAAUAAAUAUCUGUUUAAUGAUCUCUAGUGACACUGAUGUUGGUUUUAAUGUAUCCUUUUUUUACUUAGAAAAGUGACAGCGUCUUAGAUAUUGUGUCCACAAAUCACAAACAUGAUUUCACUAUGGAUCUUUUGUGUAUUAUUAUGUCUUGUAUAAAAGUUAUCAAUAAAUUGUAUUUAUGUAAAUUUUAUUUGGCUUUGUGAUGAACUUCAAAAUACAUAAAAUACAAAAAGCUAAA